AUGCGAAAAUUUCAGUAUGCGGAUUUGCAACGAAUUUUUGCGGCGGUUGGACGACCUGGCAAAACAAGAUACCUUUUCCUGGGUGACUACGUUGAUCGUGGCCCGCAGUCAUUGGAAUGCAUUUGCUCGCUGGUAGCCUGGAAAGUUGCCCAUCCGAGAAGAGUAUGCUUUGUUCUGAGACAAUCAAAGCACACUUCGAAAAUAUGGCUAUUUCGCAGUUUUCUUCCGGAUUUUUGCAAUUACCAAUCAUUUUGUUUGCGUCCUUUGCAGCGCGAUAAAAUAGAAUACUCUCGCCUGCUGGCACAUCUAGUAAGGCCAGCAAAUCGCUAA